AUGAAACACAUUAUCAACCUGUAUGAAAGCAUCAACAGUACAGCAAGAAAUAAUUCAGACUGUCCUCCUGUGGUUUUGCCAGAAGAGGUAUUUUUCACAAUAUCCAUUGUUGGGGUUUUGGAGAAUCUGAUGGUCCUUCUGACUGUGAUCAAGAAUAAGAAUCUUCAGUCGCCCAUGUACUUUUUCAUCUGCAGCUUGGCUAUUUCCGAUAUGCUGGGCAGCCUGUACAAGAUCUUGGAAAACAUCCUGAUCAUGUUCAGAAACAUGGGUUACCUCGAGCCUCAAAGCAGUUUUGAAACCACAGCAGACGACGUGGUGGACUCCCUGUUCAUCCUCUCCCUCCUUGGCUCCAUUUGCAGCCUGUCUGUGAUCGCCGCUGACCGCUACAUCACAAUCUUCCACGCUCUGAGGUACCACCGCAUCGUGACCCCGCGCCGUGCCCUUGUCGUCCUGAUGGUCAUCUGGACGUGCUGCAUGGGCAGUGGCAUCACCAUCGUGACCUUUUCCCAUCACGUCCCCACGGUGAUCGCCUUCACAGCGCUGUUCCCGCUGAUGCUGGCCUUCAUCCUGUGCCUCUACCUGCACAUGUUCCUGCUGGCCCGCUCCCACGCCAGGAGGACCUCCACGCUUCCCAGAGCCAACAUGAGAGGGGCUGUCACACUGACUGUUCUACUCGGGGUCUUCAUUUUCUGUUGGGCGCCCUUUGUCCUUCAUGUCCUCUUGAUGACAUUCUGCCCGGCUGACCCCUACUGUGCCUGCUACAUGUCCCUCUUCCAGGUGAACGGUGUGUUGAUAAUGUGUAAUGCCGUCAUUGACCCCUUCAUAUAUGCCUUCCGGAGCCCAGAGCUCAGGGACGCAUUCAAAAAGAUGACCUUCUGCAACAGGUACCAGUAG